AUGCAGCACGACCACGCCCCACUCAAGCUUCAGUUACGCUUUGUGGCCGGCGUAAUUCGUCGUGAACGCCUACCAGCGUUCGAGCGUCUUCUUUGGCGUGCUUGCCGUGGCAAUGUUUUCUUGCGUACAUCUGAGAUUGAUGAUGUGCUUAAUGAUACAGUGACGGGCGAGCCGGUUAAUAAAACAGUUUUUAUCAUCUUUUUCCAAGGAGACCAGCUGAAGACAAAAGUCAAGAAGAUUUGUGAAGGUUUCCGCGCAACGUUAUACCCAUGCCCCGAUACUCCCCAGGAGCGACGUGAAAUGUCGAUCGGAGUGAUGACUAGAAUCGAAGACUUGAAAACUGUUCUGGGACAAACGCAGGAUCAUCGUCAUAGAGUGCUGGUAGCAGCCUCGAAGAACGUUCGCAAUAAAUGCUUGAUAGCUGAGUGUUGGUGCCCUGUUAGUGAGUUAGAGCGCAUCAAAAUGGCUCUCAAAAGAGGAACGGAAGAAAGUGGCAGUCAAGUGCCAUCCAUUUUGAAUCGAAUGGAUACUACUGAAGCGCCACCAACUUAUCACAAAACAAACAAAUUUACAAGAGGUUUUCAAAACAUAGUGGACUCGUACGGAAUUGCAACAUAUAGGGAAAUCAACCCCGGUAUGCUUUUAUCAAAGUGA